AUGACGUCGUCAUAUACACGCCCACACCCAUACUCCAUCUUCACACACUCGGUCGGCACCAACAUUGCCGGUCAUUCACUUCUGGCCAAGCUUCGUGCCAUCGCUGAUGCUGGCUUUGACGGUAUCGAGCUUUUCCAGGAUGACCUUGACGCCUUUGCUAACUCGGAAGAGUUCCAGCAGAUCCAAGCUCGAGGUGAUGCUGCUCGUUCGCAGAGCAGCCAGCACUCCAAUGCCUUUGCGCUCACCCCACCCGACUCUCCCAUGAACUUUAAUAGGCGCUUCUCAGAGUCGUCGGCCGUUAGCACCGACUCGUCAUCAAACACCAGCGCUACGUCAUAUCGGUCUGGCAAAGCGUCCGGCAAGUCAUAUUCCGCUGUUGCAGGUCUCGACGACGAUCUGCUUGUGCGCGAUCAGAACGGCGAACUCGUAAUUGGUCUCGAUGGUCUUCCCAUGACCUACAACGCUUUUGGCAUUUGCACCGCCACCACAUAUCGCCAGGAACUUGCAGCAGCUUCAUACAUUGCUUCGUAUUGCGAAGCGCUCCGACUGCGCAUCUAUAGCUUGCAGCCUCUGCGUGACUUUGAAGGCUGGGCCAAAUCUGAAGACCAGCUCCUUGCUCUGCGUCGAGCUCGUUCUCGCUUCGAGGUAAUGCGUGCUCUUGGCACCGACCUCCUCCUCAUCUGCUCUAAUAAUCAGCAACACCCCAUCACUGUUGGGAACAUCGAACGCAUCGGCGAUGAUCUCGCUCAGCUCGCUCACUUUGCCCAGCAAUUUGGUCUCAUUUUGGCACCUUCGUAUCGCUCUGGCGCCGAGAGACUAGCCGGACGAGAAGCUAAACCCAUCCGCAUCGGUUACGAGGCACUAUCAUGGGGUGCUCACGUUGAUGUGUGGUCUCGAGCGUGGCAGGCAGUUAAGUACGCAGACAGAGACAAUGUUGGACUCAUCCUCGAUUCUUUCAAUACUCUCGCGCGCGAGUACGCCGAUCCAUGCACUGCGACCGGAAUCACGGACAGGUAUCCAGAUCCUUACGCAGAAGUCAUGAAGUCGAUUGAUGCCCUUUCCACAGUGCCUACAGAAAAGAUCUUCUUCCUUCAGAUCGGUGAUGCACGUAAGAUGGCGCAGCCCUUAGCUCCCUCCCCAAACCCUGACGAGCCCCGACCGGCGAGAAUGAUCUGGUCGAGGGGUAACAGGCUCUUCCCAUGCGAGUACAAGGGAGGCGCGUUUCUGCCGGUGAAGGAGUUUGUACACGCGGCCGUGAAGCAGGCGGGGUAUACGGGUGCUUGGAGCAUCGAAGUCUUCAACAGCAGCCUGUCGGACGAAGGAGAGGAUGUGCCCGUCUCGCACGCACAACGCGCUCGGGCUGGACUCGAUAAACUCGUGGAGGAAGUCUACGCUUGA